UCCCCGUACAUCCUCUCGCCCCGUUUGUUUGUCGUUAACACAAUUAUCGCCACCAUCCCCCAUUUGCCUGUUGCCAGAACAUUAUAGUGACCUCAUCGCAGUAAUAGUCGCAGAAUAGCCGAUCCUGUCCUAAUAAUAACAACCGAAAGCUGCCGACUCCUUUUGGCCACUCGACUUUGAUUCCAGCAAAUAGCAACGACGCAACGUUUGAAUACUUAUCUUUCAAUUUGGUUGUAUCCAAAGGCAAUGACGGGAAACUGUUCUGUCCCUGCAUACUCGGAUGGGCCGCUACCCAACGUUACUGACGGUAAUCACGAGGUUUUGCGAUCCAUGAGCAUUGGGAAGAGGAAGUUGGGACUAGAAAAUGGGACAGAAGGGCGGAUGGACCCAGAUGAGCAUGGAAACCGAGGGCUGAGCGAACCCCCCUCAAGCCACACGCAAAGCACAAACGCGACCAUGUCUCCACACCCUGUCCUCACUGCCAGUUCAGCCUUAUCUAUGAGCCGAGGCUCUCCAUAUUCCUCCACAACAACAACCGCCUCCGAGACAAGAGGGCAACAUCCGCUCGCCCAACCUCCUCUCAAUGCCAAUGGCUCAAACAGUCCGUCUCCUUUACCUCUUGACUUUACGCCAAUUCCUCUUGCGCAAAUCACCAAUCUUCGGAAAUCGCUUUCCCGCCGUCGGUCAUCUUAUCCUCCUGCGACAACUCCAGGUGCAUUGGAUAGUCUUUUCUCUUGGUCUGCUAGUGGGACACCCAAAGCAGAUCUCUCGUCGCUGCUGGAUUCUCUUCCGGGCCUUGGGGAGGGUGUAGACGGAAACAAGGGAACGGGAUGGACCCCGGGAAGCAACGCUUGGGAACAAUUCAUCGAUCCGUCUUCUGAUAUCGUGGAGUCGACAGACGUGUUGACGAGUAUGGAUUCCCAAACAUUACGCAAACUUCAACUUUCGGCUUCAAGAGUCGUCAACGCGCCGCCUGCUGCGCCGCAAUCUGACGAGGCCAAAGGGAAUUCUGCGCCUGCAGCUCCUCAGCUCUCAAAUGUUUUGCGGCCACCACCACCUACUCCAGGCAAGAGGAACAUCCAACAGUCCCAUGAAUCAGAAUGGAGGUCUGCGUUGGCGAGUGUGAUUCAAAUUGAUGGGGUAGGGGACGUGCCUGUGCUGAAAAUCUUGCAAGAGGUUUGGAAACGAGGUGGCGGUGAUUCGGUGACUGCACUCUGUUUAUGGCCUAGUAUUAUAGUGGCUCUGGCCAUACCUGCAGACUCGGGACCAGAUUUCCGGGUACCCAAUCCAUCCGCACAAUCUGCAAUGUCCUUGCAGCAGCUAUAUAACCUGACUAUCCGCCACUGGGAGCCGGCUAUCUUUUCAGGGCUGCUCGGUCACUUUGCGUCUGGGAAUAUGCCAUCUCCUGCUGCAUUACCUGCGGAUCGUGCUUUCCAGUCGCAGCAUUACGGUCCUUCCACUCCGAUGAGAGACACGGAUCUUUCACAGUGGAUAAAUCUCACGCCUGGCGCGUGGUCAGCGCAACAUGAUCCGUUUAUCGGCUCAACUGGGCAGAGUAAUCUUUUCAAGCCGCAAGCGCCUGAAGAUGCUGGGUUCCCUUUUCCGCUUACGUCUGGAUUAAAGGCGGGAGAGAAGGCUGAAGAUGUUGGACGCAAAUCGUUGGCGAAUGGGGUUGCGGAGGAAGAUCAAAUGGGCCAGAGUAUUGCCGAGAUUCUGGCAAGGAUGGAAGAGGAGCAGGACGGUGAUGGGCCUGUUUCGGUUGCGGAGGACGAGAUCCAGACGCACUCUCAGCCGUCUCGAAUGUCGUUCACCGAGUUGGGCUCCCAAAGGCUUAAUCCGGUAGACCAAUCGUUCCAUCUUCCAACGCCGGAGACGACCUCGUCCGAGUCGCCUAAUAAUCACAAUGCGCACAAUAACAAGAUUGCAUUCUCACCUCCUACAUCCAUGUCUUCGCCGUUUGUUUCUGCUGGCUCGACCGGUAGUGUGGUGCCUACGAACAACGAAAGCGGCCCUGGGCCUACGAAAUGCUCAGCACAUGUCAAGACACGGCCAACACAGGUCCCCAUACCGCCUGUCGAUUUUAUUCCCCCGCCUCCGAUGUGCAUGUUUUUCAAUCCAUCGUUUGAAAAUCUUCAAGAUGGCAAGUCGGGUGUGUGGCGUGGAGAUUUGGAAGUGCGGGGCAGGGGCGGCGGCAAGUUUUCGGUCCUCGUCAUUGGGGAAAGCGGAAUGGAUCAUCUAUGGCAAUCACACCUCUGGCCGCAAAGUCUUAGCUACCCUCUCAAGCCCAAUAACAGUGAUGAAUGUUACACCAGCUCAAUGAUUCCCGUUUCUCAUCUUGCCCGUGAGGGUCUCGUACCGAUAACCAUGGGGAUGGUGCUGUGUAAUGAGCCGGCCGAUCGGAUUGAUCCCUAUGUCAAGAUGGUUCAUGGCUUACAUGCUGAAGGUGUGGCUUUCCAUCUUCCUUGCGAGAAUCCGCGUCUGCCUGUGGUAUUCCUCCCCACAAAAUUCCAUGCCAAUGACCCUCUUCUCCGACUUGGCGUGGCGUUCAUGGGGAAAGCAGGUCUUCCGUACCCGUCUGCGCCUUUAUCGGCCCCACGGGCAAGGCGACAUACUUAUGAUCUUGGCGCGACUAGUCGAGAAGAGCCGAAGAACAAGAAGAGAAGACAGAGCGCAUCGACCGGCAUCAAGCCGAAGAGCGGUUCGCGGAGGAACAGCAAGGAAAAGGAAGGGCAGUAGGAGAUCCACACCGCGAUACCCCAGCUAUCGAUACCCAACCAACAUCUUUCACGACAUUUUACGACUGUAAUGACUAAUACACGGUACUUAUUUUCGGCUCGACCACAGGCUUUCUUUUUUGCUUUACUGUAACAUGAAACAAAAACAUCGAUGUGUAUCGUUGAACAGGCAAAAACGGAUGCGCGGCGAGAGUGUGACGGGGAAGGAGAGUUGGCGAAUCAAGUGUGUUGAGCUAGGCAAGGAUCUUUCUAAUCUGCGGAUGGGGCGUGUGCCGUAUGGCUGUGCAAGAGCUGUUUGUAGGCGUUGCUGGAAGAGAAUGGUAUGCAUACACGGAUACUGCCUG